AUGUCGGCAGCCAUUUUCCACUUCCAGCCUUGUCUUGUCAAACGCCCAGGAAGAGGCAUGUCCAAGACUUCGGUCAGGUUCGCGUGCCCUGAUGUACGAGUUUCAUAUGUGGAAAACACUCGUUUUACUCAGAUCGGCGACCCGCACUGGCUUGUUGUGGAACCUGGUUUGGCGUACUUGGGUACGUGCAAGAACUUGUCCUGCCCUGCAACGAUAACGGUUUGCAACAUGGAAAUGGGCAAGCAUCGGCCGAACGAGGACUACUGCUACAGCCAGAUCCGGUGCCCGGCCUGCCAGACGCCCUUUCAGCCGGAGUGCUUCUACUUCCAGCACUGCUCAGCCAAGAUUAACUUCUGUUUUGAGGGGAGCGUGCCCGAUGAACUUCGAGUUUCAGAGGACCGAGACCUCAAGUCCCGUGUUCUUGGCAAGCGCGGCCAGGUUGCUGUCUACAACCUGCUUGUCAUCGAGGUCGACCGACCGGGCACUUACGAAGAUGAUGGCACACUGGAUGCCAAGUACACCUUCGCACUUGACAGAAUGCUAGCACAUGCGCGGAACCUGUCCACGGCGUCGACAACCGGUUCAACUCCGAAACAACAGCCAAUCGCACCAACUCCACAGUCGUGGCAAAGGCCAAACAUGCUGAAUCCACAAGACAUCCGCUAUGUUCAGGACAGUAUCUCCAGCAGGUUUAUGUGUGGUCGCAGAGUCGUUGAAACCAUGAACCAGUUGCUCACUGGCCUUUCAGUGGAUCUCAUUCCAACAAUCCGCGUCUUCCCGUGGAACGGCCACUGGCACUCAGAAGACAAUCGCCGGCUUUGGGCCUUCAAGAAAGCCGGUCUAAAGGCAGUUCCAGUGCGUUAUGUGGACAAGUCGUCGGUUGACUCCAGAAAGUUCACUACGCGGGAUGGCGGGCUGACCAUUCGUAUGCGAUAA